UACCGCAUGUCGAACAAUAGCACACUACAACGUACGCCCAGCCAUGAUCUGGACAAGCCGGACAAGAAUCCAAUUGCCGGUGUCGGUGCCGGAAUCGCUUCGAGUGCCAAUCAAUGGAAACGGGCCGCAUUGAUGUCCCGUACAGCUUCCGCAUUUAGGGAGACCAUAUCGGAUGAUAGCGAAGAGGAGGUCGAUACCAAGCAGCAAAUCAAAUACGGCAGCGGAUUUCAGGCAGCCAAAGCCAUUGUUCAUGAGUAUUGUGACUAUACAACGAUUCAUGGCAUACGAUAUCUGGGCGAAAAGAAGCGCCCAAUAUUGGAACGUCUAUUCUGGAUCUGUGUCCUGAUUGUCUCAAUUGUCACCUGUUGCAAGCUGACAUUAAACAUUUGGGACAAGUGGAAUAACAAUCCGGUGAUUGUCAGUUUUGCCGAGAAAUCAACGCCAGUCUGGCAGAUACCCUUCCCCGCUGUCACCGUCUGUGCCGAGACCAAGUCACGACGCAAUCUAUUCAAUUAUACGGAUUCGUAUCAUCAAAUACGCGAUUUUCGUAACAAUGUGACCGAUGUAAAGGAAUUACCUGAAAGAAAGAAGGAUAUUUAUGGUGCCAUAAGCCAAGUGUGUGAUGCUCAUUUGCAUGACAUUGAAUUCGGGCAAAAGAUACGAAAGGGCAUCGAGAUAAUCGAUGCAUUAAGUGAGGUCUCACCUUUAUUUGACAACACCUAUCUGAAUUGCAAGUGGCGCAAUAUGCCCAUCAAAUGCAAUGAUAUCUUUCAUAAAUUUGUCACCGAGGAUGGCGUUUGCUAUAGCUUCAAUUCAUUGAGCCCUGCAGAGAUAUAUAGGGCCGAGGGCAUUAUACCCGAUUUUAUAUUCCGCGAAGAGAAUCGUUUGUCAAUGGAUUGGAAUGUAGAGGAUGGUUAUAGUGCCAGUGCCGAUACAGACACCUAUCCAAAUCGUGUUUUAGGUCCUGGAGCCAAAGCAGGACUCUAUUUGUUUAUGGGCGGCAUGGAGUUGGACUUUGAUGAUCUAUGUCGUGGACCCGUUCAGGGUUUUAAAAUUCUACUCCAUACUCCUGGCGAUGUGGCUCAAGUGUCAAAGCAAUACUUUCGCAUACCCUUCGAUCAGGAAGUACUCAUCUCUAUACGCCCCAAAAUUAUCACCACUUCGGAUGGCUUGAAGCACUACGAGCCGCAUAGACGUCAAUGUUAUUUCCAAAAGGAGCGUGAUUUGCGUUAUUUCAAUAUUUACUCUCAAAGCAAUUGUGAAUUGGAAUGUCUGGCCAAUUUUACCUAUACCAGAUGCGGUUGUGUCAAGUUCUCCAUGCCUCGUAAUGUCAAUAUGCCCGUUUGUGGAGCAGCCAACAUUAAAUGCUACAACGAAGCCGAGGAUGAACUUCUGCUCAGAGAGUUUAUGCAGGGAUUGCAAUCCAGUGGUGAAAAUACUCGUGGUCAUACCGAAUGCAAUUGUCUGCCCUCGUGCACUUCUAUUGCCUAUGAAGCGGAAAUAUCUCAGGCUGAUUUUGACUACAAGACAGUAGCGAAUGCUGAUGGACCCGAAGGCAUGGAGAAGGAGACCAAAAGAGAUGGCAUGAAGAUGUCACGUGUAUCAAUCUUCUUUAAGGAGGCUCAGUUUUUAACCUCAAGACGAUCCGAACUUUAUGGUACAACCGAUUUUCUUGCCAACUGUGGCGGUCUAUUGGGUCUAUUUAUGGGAGUCUCAGCAUUGAGCAUUGUGGAAUUGAUUUACUUUUGUACAGUGCGUUUAAUAUCGAAUUUACUUAUGAGGCACAAGACCCGCAUGGAAUUGUUGCAUGCACCCAAUAAGGAGGCCUAAGCAACAAUAGAAAGCCAACGGGCACAGCAAACUGCAGCUGAUAUCACAUUCGCAUUCUCAUUCUCUCAUUUAGAGCGUUAAAUGUUAAAUGUGCAAACAAUGAAAAUAAAGUUGUAUUUAGCAGCAGAAGCAGCAGCAGC